AUGCAUGUGAUGGUUGAUACCCCAGGUGGAGCUACGUGCACGCGCAUCGGUACCAGUCCCAAGACCAGCCCUCAGACCAGCCCUCAGACCAGCCCUCAGACCAGUCCUCAGACCAGCCCUCAGACCAGUCCUCAGACCAGCCCUCAGACCAGUCCUCAGACCAGCCCUCAGACCAGCCCCCAGACCAGCCCCCAGACCAGUCCCAAGACCAGCCCUCAGACCAGCCCUCAGACCAGUCCUCAGACCAGUCCUCAGACCAGCCCUCAGACCAGUCCUCAGACCAGUCCUCAGACCAGUCCUCAGACCAGUCCUCAGACCAGUCCUCAGACCAGCCCUCAGACCAGUCCCAAGACCAGCCCUCAGACCAGUCCUCAGACCAGUCCUCAGACCAGCCCUCAGACCAGUCCCAGACCAGCCCUCAGACCAGCCCUCAGACCAGCCCUCAGACCAGCCCCCAGACCAGCCCCCAGACCAGUCCCAAGACCAGCCCUCAGACCAGUCCUCAGACCAGUCCUCAGACCAUCCUCAGACCAGCCCUCAGACCAGCCCUCAGACCAGCCCUCAGACCAGCCCCCAGACCAGCCCCCAGACCAGUCCCAAGACCAGCCCUCAGACCAGUCCUCAGACCAGUCCUCAGACCAGUCCUCAGACCAGCCCUCAGACCAGCCCUCAGACCAGUCCUCAGACCAGUCCUCAGACCAGCCCCUCAGACCAGCCCUCAGACCAGCCCCUCAGACCAGCCCUCAGACCAGCCCUCAGACCAGCCCCUCAGACCAGCCCUCAGACCAGCCCUCAGACCAGCCCUCAGACCAGCCCUCAGACCAGUCCUCAGACCAGCCCUCAGACCAGCCCUCAGACCAGCCCUCAGACCAGUCCUCAGACCAGUCCUCAGACCAGUCCUCAGACCAGCCCUCAGACCAGUCCCAAGACCAGCCCUCAGACCAGCCCUCAGACCAGUCCUCAGACCAGCCCUCAGACCAGUCCUCAGACCAGCCCUCAGACCCAGCCCCCAGACCAGUCCCAAGACCAGCCCUCAGACCAGUCCUCAGACCAGUCCUCAGACCAGUCCUCAGACCAGCCCUCAGACCAGCCCUCAGACCAGUCCUCAGACCAGCCCCUCAGACCAGCCCUCAGACCAGCCCUCAGACCAGCCCCUCAGACCAGCCCUCAGACCAGCCCCCAGACCAGUCCCAAGACCAGCCCUCAGACCAGUCCUCAGACCAGUCCUCAGACCAGCCCUCAGACCAGCCCUCAGACCAGCCCUCAGACCAGUCCUCAGACCAGCCCCUCAGACCAGCCCUCAGACCAGUCCUCAGACCAGUCCUCAGACCAGUCCUCAGACCAGUCCUCAGACCAGCCCUCAGACCAGCCCUCAGACCAGUCCUCAGGCCAGUCCUCAGACCAGCCCUCAGACCAGCCCUCAGACCAGCCCCUCAGACCAGCCCUCAGACCAGCCCUCAGACCAGCCCUCAGACCAGUCCUCAGACCAGUCCUCAGACCAGCCCUCAGACCAGCCCUCAGACCAGCCCUCAGACCAGCCCUCAGACCAGCCCUCAGACCAGCCCUCAGACCAGCCCUCAGACCAGCCCUCAGACCAGCCCUCAGACCAGCCCUCAGACCAGCCCUCAGACCAGUCCUCAGGCCAGUCCUCAGACCAGUCCUCAGACCAGUCCUCAGACCAGUCCUCAGGCCAGUCCUCAGACCAGUCCUCAGACCAGUCCUCAGACCAGUCCUCAGACCAGCCCUCAGACCAGCCCUCAGACCAGCCCCCAGACCAGCCCCGAGACCAGCCCUCAGACCAGCGGAUCCAGGACUUCCUUUAGAGACUGA